CUGUCAGCAUGACUCAACAGAUGCAGAACCUGCAGCUGUCCCAUACCAGGAAGUGCUCGGGAGGCCCUGCCUCCCCCAGCGCCGCCAAGCGCCUCUACCGGAACCUAUCAGAGAAGCUGAAAGGAGGCCACUCCUCCUUCGAGGACGCCUACUUCUUCGGCCGCGGAGAACGCCACGGUCAUCACAAGGGCUCGAACAUGCAGGGUAGUGAGUGUCUGUUUGAGGCGGUGGAGCAGCAGGAUGUAGAUUCCGUCCAGAUCCUUCUCUACCAAUACACAGCUGAGGAGCUGGACCUCAACACGCCCAACAGCCAAGGGUUAACACCGUUAGACGUGGCCGUCAUGACCAACAACACACCUAUAGCCAAACUACUGCUGAAGGCCGGCGGCAAGGAGAGCCCUCACUUUGUCAGUGUGGAGAGUCGCGAGGCCCACCUUAGCAGCCUGGUCAUCGAGGCAGAGAGGAGGGCAGGGGAGCUGGCUGCUCAGGCCCAGAGAGACGGCCUUAGCCUGGAGGCCUGUGACAAGGACAAGCAGCUCCGAGCCUGGGAGUGGAGGUGCAAGCUCUACAAACGCAUGACGACUGGCUGUCAGCAUGCACGUGUGCCAGAGCCCCCGUCUGCAGUGCGUCUCAGUGUAACCAGUAGCUCCUCUCUCACGGUCACAUUCCAGGAGCCCCGCUGCCUCAACUCUGCUGUGAUCACCAAGCACAGAGUGGAGUGGAGCUGUCAAAAGGACUUUUCCAUGCUGGCUGGAGACAUGGUGUUGGAAAACCUACAGACACUCAAAUGUACCAUCAACGGCCUUACCAUGGGGAGGCUGUACUAUGUCCAAGUGUCAGCCUACAACAUGAAGGGUUGGGGUCCACCUCAGUCAACUCUACCCCCCUCCGCUUCACCCUCCAACUGUAGGGAGAGUGAUGGUCUGGAGCCCAGGAGAAGAGAGCACAUAUGGCAUAUGGAGCGCCUGCUGCAACAGGUCCGCGCUACUCACACACACUACAGCUGCGGAGACACAUCAAAGCUCCAGAACCCAAGCCGUAAGCAGUCCGUCUCCAGAAGUCUCAAGCACCUCUUUAACUCCUCCAACAAGUUUGUCAAGACUCUCAAAAGGGGGGUUUACCUGGCGGCAGUGUUCUACCACAAAGACAGUCUACUGGUGACCACAGAGGACCAGAUCCCUAUAGUGGAGGUGGAUGACUCUUACGGCAGCUCUCUCAUGCAGGACUUCCUAUGGUUCACUAAGUUGUCGUGUAUGUGGGAGGAUGUGCGGUGGCUGAGACAGAGCAUGUCUGUCUCCAUGUCCUCCUCCUCCACUCUACAGGCCAGACAGAAGAUGUUGGCUGCCGCUGGGCAACUACAGAGCUUGUUGGGGACACACAACCUGGGGCGUGUCCACUACGAGCCCAUCAAGGAUCGUCAUGGCAACGUAUUGCUAGUGACUAUCCGGGACAUGGAGAGCCAGUACUCGUUCUUCAGUGGGAAGUGGAUGCAGGUGUCCAAGCUACAAAGCCAGAGGAAGAGUCUGUCCACACCUGAAGAACCCUACGCACUGGACAUACUGCUAAUUACCAUACAGGAUAUCUCGGCCUAUCAGAGGCGUAGCCAGCAUCGCCUGACCCCAGGUCUGUACCUGGGUUACCUGAAGCUCAGCAGCUCUGUAGACCAGAUCAGAGUGCUGGUGCCACAGAGGAUGCCCAACAUGCUGUGCCAUGCGCGGGUACGAGACAACGCCAAUGUCUCCAGGGAGGAGUGGGACUGGCUGCAGAGGCUGUCAAACAUAGAGGAUGGAGAGAAGGAGAGAAUGGAGGGAGAGAGGGAGGAAGUGGAUCAAACGACAGACAGUAACACACCAUUGCUCUACUACGAGCUACAGACUGCCCUCAAGGCCCUGCUGAAACUCAUCAACCUACCUCUGCACCAGGCCAAGCACUUCCGUAUCUACACUCACGAGGUGUUGGAGUUGGGUCAUAAUGUUUCCUUCUUGCUGCUGCUGCCGGCGGCUGACGAUGUGUGUACCGUUCCCGGACAGACCAACCCCUACACACCACACUCCGGCUUCCUUAACCUCCCUCUCCAAAUGUUUGAGCUGGCCCAUUUCAGUGCGUACAAGGAGAAGUGCAUGAGUCUGUACUGUCGCAUGUCGUCUGUCUUGGACCUGGAUGCACUUAUUACCCAGCAGGCCCUGCGAGAGGCCAUCACGGACACAGAGGUCGCCACGGCCAAACAGAGACACCAACAUAUACUAGACUAUACACAGCAGCUGGAUGAGAUGUGGCAGGAGCUGCGUUGGAUCACUGAUGCCCUGCAGUAUGCCCGCUACAAGCAUCCCAGUGGCGGUGUGCCCAUCACCAGCCUGGUCAAUGCCAGCAAGCCUGAGUCAGACCAGGGGGCACAGAAGAGUGACUCAGCAUCCUCUACCAUGGACUACCUACCCACACCAUCACCCUCACCUGAGCUACGACCCAGGAAGGCAGCUAGUGACUCCCAACUGGGGUCAGAUGAGGACGGUUGUUCAGAGGUGUUCCUGCCAACAGACAGCGACUAUGACUCCAGCGAGGCCUUGUCCCCCCGUGAGCUGGAUCUGCUAUACUCUUCCCAACAGGACCUAUCCCAGCAGGCUGUGCACGCCCUGGGAGGCAGCGCUCCCGACGUACUGCAGAUACACGAACUAAGAUGUGUCCCUGUCCCCUUCACUCUCCAAAGAUGUGUCCCUGUCCCCUUCACUCUCCAAAGAUGUGUCCCUGUCCCCUUCACUCUCCAAAGAUGUGUCCCUGUCCCUUCACUCUCCAAAGAUGUGUCCCUGUCCCCUUCACUCUCCAAAGAUGUGUCCCUGUCCCCUUCACUCUCCAAAGAUGUGUCCCUGUCCCCUUCACUCUCCAAAGAUGUGUCCCUGUCCCCUUCACUCUCCAAAGAUGUGUCCCUGUCCCCUUCACUCUCCAAAGAGGUGUCCCUGUCCCCUUCACUCUCCAAAGAUGUGUCCCUGUCCCCUUCACUCUCCAAAGAUGUGUCCCUGUCCCCUUCACUCUCCAAAGAUGUGUCCCUGUCCCCUUCACUCUCCAAAGAUGUGUCCCUGUCCCCUUCACUCUCCAAAGAUGUGUCCCUGUCCCCUUCACUCUCCAAAGAUGUGUCCCUGUCCCCUUCACUCUCCAAAGAUGUGUCCCUGUCCCCUUCACUCUCCAAAGAUGUGUCCCUGUCCCCCACUCUCCAAAGAUGUGUCCCUGUCCCCUUCACUCUCCAAAGAUGUGUCCCUGUCCCCUUCACUCUCCAAAGAUGUGUCCCCGUCCCCUUCACUCUCCAAAGAUGUGUCCCUGUCCCCUUCACUCUCCAAAGAUGUGUCCCUGUCCCCUUCACUCUCCAAAGAUGUGUCCCUGUCCCCUUCACUCUCCAAAGAUGUGUCCCUGUCCCCUUCACUCUCCAAAGAUGUGUCCCUGUCCCCUUCACUCUCCAAAGAUGUGUCCCUGUCCCUUCACUCUCCAAAGAUGUGUCCCUGUCCCCUUCACUCUCCAAAGAUGUGUCCCUGUCCCCUUCACUCUCCAAAGAUGUGUCCCUGUCCCCUUCACUCUCCAAAGAUGUGUCCCUGUCCCCUUCACUCUCCAAAGAUGUGUCCCUGUCCCCUUCACUCUCCAAAGAUGUGUCCCUGUCCCCCACUCUCCAAAGAUAUGUGUCCCUGUCCCCUUCACUCUCCAAAGAUGUGUCCCUGUCCCCUUCACUCUCCAAAGAUGUGUCCCUGUCCCCUUCACUCUCCAAAGAUGUGUCCCUGUCCCCUUCACUCUCCAAAGAUGUGUCCCUGUCCCCUUCACUCUCCAAAGAUGUGUCCCUGUCCCCUUCACUCUCCAAAGAUGUGUCCCUGUCCCCUUCACUCUCCAAAGAUGUGUCCCUGUCCCCCACUCUCCAAAGAUAUGUGUCCCUGUCCCCUUCACUCUCCAAAGAUGUGUCCCUGUCCCUUUCACUCUCCAAAGAUGUGUCCCUGUCCCCUUCACUCUCCAAAGAUGUGUCCCUGUCCCCUUCACUCUCCAAAGAUGUGUCCCUGUCCCCUUCACUCUCCAAAGAUGCCCUCUCCUCUCCCCCCGCCUUCCCCCUAUCCUCAGCCCCACCCUUCUCCCCUGCCCUCAUUCUCCCCAAGACCACCCUUUCUUGCACCAAAAUCCUGGAGGGUCUCUCCCUCUCCAAGACAACCCAGGACCAGCACUCCUCCACCCCCCUGCGGCCCCUAGCCAACCCCCCAACCAAGCGGAAGCUGCUGUCCAGAAGCCAUGGGGCCACUGGGCCCAAGCACUGGUUGAAGAGCCACAGCGACAGCCACACUGGGUCCCUGUCUGAGGGGGUCUAUACCAGGCAGAAGGACCCAGACCUGCCCCUGGAUCUCCCAUCCCCUCAGGGGGAGACAUACUUCCAUCUGAACAAUCCCCACACCCCUCUUCCUGCUCCACACCCCACUUCCCUGCCCCACACCCCACUUCCUUACGCCACACCCCUCUUCCUGCUCCACACCCCUCUUCCUGCCCCACACCCCUCUUCCUGCCCCACCCCUCUUCCUGCCCCACCCCUCUUCCUGCCCCACACCCCUCUUCCUGCCCCACCCCUCUUCCUGCUCCACACCCCUCUUCCUGCUCCACACCCCUCUUCCUGCUCCACACCCCUCUUCCUGCCCCACACCCCUCUUCCUGCCCCACCCCUCUUCCUGCUCCACACCCCUCUUCCUGCUCCACACCCCUCUUCCUGCUCCACACCCCUCUUCCUGCCCCACACCCCUCUUCCUGCCCCACCCCUCUUCCUGCCCCACACCCCUCUUCCUGCUCCACACCCCUCUUCCCGCUCCACACACCUCUCCCUGCCACACCCCUCUUCCCGCUCCACACACCUCUCCCUGCCACACCCCACUUCCCUGCCCACACCCCACUUCCCUGCCACACACCCCUCUUCCCCACGCCACACCCCUCUUCCCGCGCCACACCCCUCUUCCCUCUCCACACCCCUCUCCUUGCUGGCGGGUGGCACGGUGUUCUGUAGUUCAGGGGGACGCCAUGUGGGAAUGUGUGAUGGUGAGGUGUGA